CAAUACUUAUGAGCAGGACCAAGGCUCCUUUGAGCCUUUGCAACUCCCAAAAACCAUGAGUCAAAAUGACUACCUCAGGCAAUGGCUGCCAAGGCAGGAAUCAUAUCUACAUCACCUCCUUGAUCGAGAAGCUCCACCAGAAGACAGGAGAUGCAUCAUCUGCGAACAGGAUGGGGUGUACAAAUGUCAAGAUUGUCUUGGCGAGCCACUCUAUUGCACGGGCUGUUGCAGGAGUCAACAUCGUAGCAAUCCUUUCCACUGGAUCAGUCAAUGGAAUGGGCGAUUCUUUGAGCGGAGUUGUCUCGCUCAU